AUGAGCCGCAGCCUAGUGUGUGUGCAGGUGCUGGUUCGCGAAGAGGCGAAUAUUCAUGCUGUGAACAUGGAUGCAGAGACGCCGUUGCAUUUUGCGGCCGGGGAAAGGAGUGAAUGGGUUGAGGAAAAGAGGGAGGAUGAAACAGCGUUGUUGAAAUACUUGAUUGCCGCAGGGGCAGAUAUCAAUGCUCUUACUUCAACCAGGGAGAGCCCACUAUGGUACGCUGUUCAGGCAGAUAACCUUCCUGCUGUCAGGGAGCUACUUGCUGGCUCUACGGAUAUCCAGCUCCGUAAUCCCUAUGGAGAGACCGUGCUGCAUGAAGCCGCAUACCGUAGUUCGCUAGCUGUGGUACAGAUGCUAGUAGAAGCUGGCGUGGAUGUCCAAGCUCGGAGCAAGACAAUGGAUCUAUUCUGCACCGCGCAGCAGAAGGCGGUCGUGUGGAUACUGUUCAAUGGAUAUUAG